UCUAGCUUUAACUCAGUUGCAAAGAUGUGUCUGCUGCCUGAGGGAGAGCGCUCCUUUGGAGAAUUUGAGGGAUAAAGUGGCAUGUAGUUUUUAAAAGUUGAUGAGUAUCUUUCAAUACUCUGCCUUCACCUUUAACCAAAAGCAGUGAGCGCUAUGCGUCCUUCCCCCUAAAGUUUGGUUGGCAGCGGUGAUGAUGAGUUUGUGCAGCCUUUUUCCCUUCUGCUCCUCCUCCUCCUCCUCCUCCUCCUCCUCCCCCCUCCCCUUCCUUUGCUCCUUUUCCCUUCCCUGUUGCUGACUCUCCACCAACCAGCUCCCUGAGAGUAGCAGCAGCAGCAGCAGCAGCAGCAGCAGCAGCAGCACCACCAGCACCAGCACCAGCGUUUUGCUCGCAGGACCUGAUGCUCAUCCAUAUUAAACCGCCCGAGCUCAGGAAUCCGGCCGGUUCAUCUCUUCCUUCUCCUGCUGCAAAGUUUAUUUUUAACCAGCAACCACCAGAACUUGGAUGGUGCGCGGAGUGCCAGCGAGAAACAUCUCUUUGAAACGCAACUCUCCAUCUUCCGCCCACCCUCCUCCAACUUUUUUUUUCUUUCCUGAGAGAGGAGGGGAAACUUUUUCCCCUUCCCUCCCCCCUUCACAUUUUCGAAAGCCAUUCUUGAGAGUUUCUUUAUUUUUAUUUUAUUUUUAUUUUUUUUUUUUUUUUAAUGUUCGGAAAGUUGAGAUGAAGACGCCUGCUUUAAGGUUGCCCUUUAUCUGUGUUUCAAACUUUGUGGCACUGCGGUGUGACACUGUCCAUCAGCUCCUAGUCCACCACUGGGUCUGGCUAGUGUUAGCUCUUCAGUGAGGUCGCUGGUUCAAUUGAAAGCAAGAAGAUAAAAGAAGCUCAAGGAUCAAAGGGACUUGUCCAAAGCAUCACAGCUAUUCAUUGGCAUGAAAUUCAAUGUUCUUCCUAUCUACAACAUCAUCAUAAUGUGUUAAUUUCGACAAAGUAGUGGUACCAAGAGUGAGGAAGAAACUGAGAUAAACCGACAUUAGCCUGCCAUUUCUAGUAGAAGGUGGUUGUCCAAAGCGAAAAUCUUAUUGCAUAUCAGUUGUAGAAGAUGAAGCAAAAAGAAACUUCAGCCUAAACUGUAGCCCUAUGACGUCCAAGUCGCCCACCAACUUAGAAGGUUCUGAUUUAUCUUCCAUCCACACCAUGAUGUCAGCGGUGAUGAGUGUAGGGAAGAUUGCAGAGAAUGGCGGCAACUCACAAGCCAUCAAAUCCCCAACAAAGUCAUCGGGACCCAAUCGGAUUGGCAGGAGAAACCAGGAAACUAAAGAGGAAAAGUCUUCCUAUACUUGUCCCCUGUGUGAAAAGAUUUGCACUACUCAACAUCAGCUAACUAUGCACAUUCGUCAGCAUAACACAGACACUGGAGGGACAGACCAUUCCUGCAGCAUCUGUGGAAAGUCUCUGAGCUCAGCAAGCUCCUUGGAUCGCCACAUGCUGGUGCAUUCUGGUGAAAGGCCUUAUAAAUGUUCAGUUUGUGGACAGUCUUUUACAACCAAUGGAAAUAUGCACAGACAUAUGAAGAUUCAUGAGAAGGAUCCCAACAGUACCACAACCACAACACCCCCCUCUCCACAGAAACGCAGGCGGAUGACCUCCAAAAGGAAACUAAGUCAGGAGGCUGACUCAGAGAAAGAAGAGCUGACACCUGCUAAAAAGGUGGUAGAGGGUUCUCAAUCAGGUGAUGGAGACAAGAAAACAGAUGAAGUUUUUCACUGCCCAGUGUGUUUCAAGGAAUUUGUUUGCAAGUAUGGUUUGGAGACUCACAUGGAGACUCAUCCAGAUAACUCCCUGAGGUGUGACAUUUGUUGUAUUGACUUCCGCACACUUCGGGGAUUACUGCGUCAUAAUGCAGUUAUCCACAAGCAGUUUCCAAGAGACCCAACAGGAAAGCCUUUUAUUCAGAACAAUCCUUCAAUUCCUGUUGGCUUCCAUGAUUUAGGAUUCACUGACUUCUCUUGUAGGAAAUUUCCUCGCAUUUCUCAGGUCUGGUGUGAAACAAAUUUACGAAGAUGCAUCAGUGAAUUUCAUCGUUUUAUUUGUGAGACCUGCAAUAAGGCCUUCCCCAUGCUUUCUGCACUCAAACUACACACGCAAACCCAUAUAGUGGGGGAUCAGGGGAGCGAAAAGCACAGAUUACAGCCUAAGUCCUUGACUGACGGGAGCCCCGACCAGAAAGCCUUCAUGGCAGCCCUGGGCCUCCAGUCCACCAAAGACGUUCAGCCCGCCCCCCAGGAGGAGCCCAUGCUGGACGACAACCAAGCGAUACAGCUCGAAACCCUGAAGAGCGGCCUACCUCAGGAGCCCGGUAGCACCGGCUUGCUCACUUUGUCUCCUCUUAGUGCAGCUUCCCUGGGGGGUUCUCUCACGGUCCUCCCUCCUACCAAGGAAAACAUGAAGCACCUGUCCCUGCAGCCCUUUCAGAAGGGCUUCAUCAUCCAGCCCGACAGCAGUAUCGUCGUCAAGCCCAUCUCCAGCGAGUCUGCCAUCGAGCUGGCAGACAUCCAGCAGAUCCUGAAGAUGGCAUCUUCGGUCCCUCCCCAGAUCAGUCUUCCACCACUCUCCAAGGCCCCUGCCGCUCCCAUGCAGUCCAUUUUCAAGCACAUGCCCCCACUGAAGCCAAAGCCCCUGGUCACCCCUCGCACGGUGGUGGCCACCUCCACCCCCCCGCCCCUGAUCAGCGCCCAGCAGGCCUCCCCGGGCUGCAUCAGCCCCAGCCUUCCUCCUCCGCCAUUGAGGCUGAUCAAGAACUCGGUGGAAGCAGCCUCUAACUCACACCUGCUGCAGUCUAAGUCGGGGGCCAAGCUGAGCCCGUCCUCGCAGCGCUUCCUGCAGCCCCGCGGGGAGGCCUCGGCUCAGCCGGAGAUGAAGACUCAGCUAGAGCAGGACAGCAUCAUCGAGGCCCUGCUGCCCUUGAACAUGGAAGCCAAGAUCAAGCAAGAGGUGACUGAGGGCGAGCUCAAGGCCAUCAUCGCUGGAGCGGCCGGCAAGAAGACCCAGGCCAUGCGCAAGGUCCUCUACCCCUGCCGCUUCUGCGACCAGGUGUUUGCCUUCUCAGGCGUCUUGCGCGCUCACGUCCGCUCUCACCUGGGCAUCUCUCCCUAUCAGUGUAACAUCUGCGACUACAUUGCCGCCGACAAAGCCGCCCUCAUCCGGCAUCUGCGCACGCACAGCGGCGAGCGGCCCUACAUCUGCAAAAUCUGUCACUACCCCUUCACCGUGAAGGCCAAUUGUGAACGGCACCUGAGGAAAAAGCACCUCAAAGCCACACGCAAGGACAUCGAGAAGAACAUCGAGUAUGUGUCCAGCAGCGCCGCGGAGAUGGUCGAUGCCUUCUGCUCCCCAGAGACGGUGUGCCGCCUCUGCGGCGAGGACCUGAAGCACUACCGGGCCCUGCGCAUCCACAUGCGAACGCACGGCGGGGGGGCCGCCGGCUGCCCCAAGGGCCGAAAGCCCUUUGAGUGCAAGGAGUGCGGCACCGCCUUCUCCACCAAGCGGAAUUGUGUUCACCACAUUCUCAAGCAGCACCACCACGUGCAGGAGCGUGAGAUCGAGAACUACGUCCUUGCGGUGGACUGUGGUGGGGGUCCUCGGGAAGCCCAGGCCCCAGAUGCCUCAGGGCUACUUGAGGAGACUGGCUGUGGGCCCUAUGGGGAUCGAAAGCCCCUCACUGCCUUCCUGGAACCCCAGAAUGGAUUCCUUCGAGGGCCCACUCAGCAGUCCCUGCCUCCUCACAUCUCCAUCAAGCUGGAACCUCCAAGCAACUUCUCAAUGGACUUCAAUGAGCCCCUUGACUUCUCACAGAAAGGAAAAGGCCUGGCCUUGGUCCAGGUGAAGCAAGAGAAUUCUUUGCUUGGUUCCUCUCCUUAUGACUGUUCCAUGGAACCCAUUGACCUCUCGAUCCCCAAGAGCCUUCGGCGGGAUAAGGAUACCACGGUGCCAGGCGAAGCCAAAAAGCAGGAGCCGGGACCCAGCUGUAGUGACCAGCUCUAUGCCUGCCCACCGCCUUGCCCCACCCUGCCCGUGACUUUUGGAGCCAACGGGAGUUUGGAGAAGCCAGCCGUGACCACAACAGCCGCUGUCACUGCCGCCACCAAUCUUCCGCAUCCCGCCCAGCCCCUUCAGGCCCCCCUCCACCUCGCAGUCCCUAUCAUCUCCCCCGCCCUCCUGAGCAACUCGGCUCUGCUGCGCCCUCUGCGGCCCAAGCCACCCCCACUUUUGCCAAAGCCCCCUGCGACAAAAGAGCUGCCCCCUCUGGCUUCCAUUGCCCAGAUAAUCUCUUCCGUGUCCUCAGCCCCCGCCUUACUGAAAACAGAGGUGUCAGAUCCCCCACUGAAGACUGCCAACAAUCCUCUGGUCCCCGAGAAGCUAGGAGGUGCGAAGCAGAAGGCCAUGGCCCUCGGCAGCACAGGCAGCCCCAGAGAGCCCGGGGACCUGGUGCUGCAGGCUGGCAGCCCUGGGGCUGCCUCUUCCAUGGAGCACGGAUCUACCGGUUUGUCGAAGAAGAGGGGUCGAAAGAAAGGGGCCAAGAACCGACCCAAGACCAGCAGUGGCAGUGUGGACUUGGAGUCCAGUGGAGAGUUUGCCAGCAUUGAGAAGAUGCUGGCUACCACGGACGCCAACAAGUUUAGUCCGUUCCUGCAGUCGGCCGAAGGUGAUGUCCAAGAGGAAGCCCUGCCUGCUGACCAGAACGGGCCUAGUGACGACGAGCUGGACGGUCCGGAAGAAAAGCUGCUGAGGGCAAAGCGGAAUUCAUACUCUACCUGCCUGCAAAAGAUCAGCUGUCCUUACUGUCCCCGAGUGUUUCCAUGGGCCAGUUCCCUCCAACGACACAUGCUUACACACACCGGUCAGAAGCCCUACCCUUGUCAAAAAUGCGACGCCUUCUUUUCUACCAAAUCUAACUGUGAACGGCACCAAUUGCGCAAGCACGGAGUUGCCAACUGCUCCCUGAGAAGAAACGGGCUUAUCCCCCAGUCAAAAGAAAGUGAUGUUGGAUCCCAUGAUAGCACAGAUAGCCAGUCGGACCCAGAGAUCCCGGCUGUGGGCAAUGAAGUGCUCGACCUCACCUCAAGGGAAAAAGAGCAGCAGCAGCAGCAGGCAUCUGAGGGCACCCCCGAUCCCAGCCAGGACACCCAAGAACGUCCCGCCGAAGAGGUGAAGGAGAAAAUGCCCUCACCCACGGGGAAGGAAGAGGGGGGAGGAGAGGAUCCAGAGGAGGAGGACGAGGAGGAGGAGGAGGAAGAGGGCACCGAAGAAAGGCAGGAGGAUGCAGAAGGCUUGGAGGAAGACUCGGUCAGCAACAAGAGUCUGGACCUCAACCUGGCCAGCAAGCUGAUGGACUUCAAGCUGGCUGAGAGCAGCCCUGCGCCGCCAGGGCCCGUGAGCUGCUCGGAGCUGGAGAGGAAGCACACCUGCCACGUCUGUGGGAAGAGCUUCAAGUUUGCCGGAACGCUGACGCGCCACAAGAAAGCCCACACACACGAGGAGCCGAGGGACGAAAAGUCUGGCGAGGAGGAGGGCAAGAGCGGGGAGGCCGAGGAGCACGUCUGCACUGCAGAGCCGGCCCUGGCCCAGGAGGAGAGCCCCGGGGACCCGAAGGCCGCAGACUCCCCAGCGGGGGGGCGGGAGAACGAAGAGAGCGAGAGCGUCUCCGAGGGAGAGGGGGCAUCGUCGGAGAGGAAGUCCGAGAAGAGCGACGACGACAAGAAGCCAAAGACCAACGGGACGAAGGGUGUCCUCCCCAAGGCCGACAAGAGGAAGAAGGUCUGCACGGUGUGUAAUAAGAGGUUCUGGUCCCUGCAGGACCUGACGAGACACAUGCGCUCCCAUACAGGGGAAAGACCAUAUAAAUGUCAGACCUGUGAGCGGACCUUCACCUUAAAGCACAGCCUGGUUCGUCAUCAGCGUAUCCAUCAGAAAGUAAAAAACACAAGGCACCAUGGGAAAGAAAGUGACAAGGAAGAUCGAGGGGAGGACGACAGUGAAAACGAGUCCAUCCACAGUGGCAACAAUCCACUCUCGGAAAAUGAGGGAGACUCCACUCCAAAUCUCAACAGUCAUUCAGCUAUUACUCGAAGCCGGAGAGAGAGCCUGGCCAGUGCAGCCAAGGAUUCGGGGCGGCAGGAGGAGAAAGGUGCCCCAAAGCCCGCCACGGGGGCCGGCCCAAAGGAGCCCGAGUCUCAGGGUAGCGCAGAUCCCGAGGGCCCGGAGGGCUUCAUUCAGGAUCUGUUGGACAUUCACAGCAAGAGGCCUCCUGCGAACCACCUCCUUGCCUCUUCAGAUAGCACGCCCCAGCUGGUGGGAAUGGAAUGACUUGGGGCACGGGACCCUGUCACCCAUCUGUCCCCAGCACACUGAUUAAAGCCAGCAGAGCAAAAGUACCCCAGAUCUGUAGCACACUGGAUUUCCUCAGUGACUCCAGUUGUCGGGGAGUGAGAGAGAAAAAGGGAGAGAGGGAAAGGAAGAAAAGAAGUAUGGCCGCCUGACUCCAGUGCCAUAACUCUUUCAGUAUAAUGAUGCAAGAGACUACAGGAUAUACUGAUUCUGAGUGCCUUACUACUUUAUUAAAUCUUUUGGUGUCAUUGACCUUUUUUUUUUUCCCCAAAAAAUGAUUUUUUAAAAAAAAAUAUUUUAAUGAAUUAUUUGGAGAGGACCUUUUUCAUUUAAGCAUUAAUGUUACCUUUUUGUAUUGGUGUGCGUGAGCCUGUUCGAGUGGAACUUUGGUAGUUGCCGUGUUUUGUUUUGUGAGCCGGAAAUGGGGUAAAAGGAACCAAUGCCCUUGGAUACCACAGCUAAUAACUGGAAGAAAAUGAUGUGAAUUUCAUGUACCAGAGGAAAAUUUGGAUGAGAAUAGUAAUUUCUCAGAGACAUUUUUGUACUUACUACAUGAUGGAGCUCUAAUCUGGUUCCAGGUAUUAAGACAAGUGGUUGAUGAAGGUAUUCAAAAUUGGUUCAAGCCAAAACCAGGAAAGAUGCUAGCUUCAACCUCAUACUUGUUUUCCACUCUUUUCGGCAUUAGAAAUGGUGUUAUUGUUCAAUGUUUUAAGACAUUUUUUUCUGGACUGAGCAUACAGAGAAAGAGUUACCUUAGCAACUUAACCUAUGGAAAUUAUGCACAGCUGUCAUAUGUUUGAUUUUUUUUUUUUUUGCUUCAAUAUAUGUAUUAUUAUUAUUAUUGUUAUUAUUAUUAUUAUUAUUAUUUUAAAAUUCAUCAGUUGCUAGUCUCUGCAGUCAGCAGAAACCAAUGGGCAAUAUUUGUCCGCGGAGAUCUAUGAUGCAGCUUUGGAUCCCUGUGUAAAUGUUUGAUUACAGCUUUCACUAGUUCAUAGCCCUCACGUUGCAGUUCUUCUACUGAACCUAAAUGAAUCCUUCCUUCCUUAGUGACUGGAGAAAUAAAGUGGAGGCCAACCAGUAAUGUACAGAGGAACAUCUCAGCAGUGAAUGAGAGAGUGAGAGCGAGAGCGAGAGCGAGCGCAUGCUCUUUGGAAUAUGUGCAUGUGUGUGAAUAAAUGCACUCCUCUGGGGAGGUGGUAGAGCUAAUGGGAUGAGAGGGACCUCCACGUGCAUCAGGAAAGCACUGCAAAGAUUUUUUUUUUUCUUCAUGGAAAGAAAGGCAGUAAUGAAAUCUGUUACUCACAAGUAAAGGUAUUCAGUCUUCCAGCUCAAUGAAAUGCAAGCCUUAACCCACUUUUGCUACUGUUAUGUUUGCAAAGCAAGGAAAUACUACUACUGGUAAUAAAAUUCCAAGUGCAGUUUGGGCUGGUGCUUGAAGAUGAACAUGUCAUUUCUGAUUCCCUCUCAAGAAUCUGAACCCCUAGAUGCAGAGAAGAAAAAUUUUCUUUAAGAGGCAUCCCAUCUAGGCAGUGGAAUUCACUGCAAGUCACCAACAGUGAGGGGUAGAAAAAAAAAUGUAUCCUACUGUAGCUGAGCUCGUGCUCGGCAUCCUUUUUUGUCCUUCAGCCGUGACCUCUAGGACAUAGAGCCAAUAGUAUUGCCAGGGAUGCCCUGUGCCGUUCCUCCACUUGAACCCCCCUUUUCCCCCUCUCCUACUGCAACUACAGCUGCAGCUCCUUCCCACCUCUUCUUCAUUUCCUUUCUAAGAUUUCUUCCUCUUUUUGGCCUUAAACCACCUUCCCUCUUUCUCUAUGUUUGUAUAUAUAAAGACACAUACGUAUGCAUCUUUUUUUUUUUUUUCUAAUUUUAAUUUUUAAAUUUUUCUCCUCUUAAUUCUUCAUCAAUUCCUGGAGGUAGAAAUUCAACUGCCUAGAUUUCAAAAAGGAAAACAAAUGUUUUUGACAUAAUGAAAAGUGAUAUGAAAAGAAAAAAGGUUGAUGUGAUUUUUUUUUUUUUAAAUGUAUUUGGAAUGUCUGAAACAAGUUUAAAAACAAGGUUUUUACUCCAGAGAAAAAUCAGAACCAGUGAUUCCCUUUCUGACUUAAAUAGGCUGUGACCUACAGAAUGCAAACCCAAUUCACACAUGCUCCCUUCAUUUUACUUUAAUUGUUGUUGAUGUUAACUGUUUGAGGUUUCUCGUGGGCCUUUUUUUUUCCUUCAGCUUGUUUCUUUUGCGACUCUCCACACUAAACUGCGCAAUAUUGUGGGGGGAAAGCCAUCACUAAUCUCUGAGCUGCAGUGAGAUGUAGCAGAUAUCAGCUCCCAGCAGUGCCGCCGGGACGACAGCUAGCAAUAAUCACUAUUGAGCUAAAGCUUUACUUAGUCUUUAUAUCCGAAUAGAUGAUAAAGUCUUGCCACAUUUUUUUUUUUUUUUUUUUGGACAUUUUUAUUAGUUGAAUUUGAAGAUUUGUUGCUGUUUGUUGGUCUCCCUCCCUUUCCCCCUUCCGACCCCCAAUAUUAAACUGUGAAGUUUAUAAUGUGUUUAAACUAUGGGUGAAUCUUAGACUUAGUUUGCAUGUUCAGCUAAUUUGUCUCUAUACAUAUUUUGUUUGAUUCUUUUUUUUUUUUUUUUCCUCUCUCAGGGCUUUUACAAAAAAAAAAUGGAUCUUCUGAAAUUUUUUUGUGUCUGAGGUGCAAGUUUUUUUUGUUUUGUUUUGUUUUGUUUUUUGAUUAAUGGACUUAAUGCUGAGAUAAUUCAAUCACUACAUUAAACACUUGACUGUGAAGCAAAGCAAAGAAAAUUCUGUGGGGCUAUUUUUUUUUAAUAGCUUUGGGGAGCUACAUGACAGUCGAAUGCCAGUUUCAGAAAGAUUCAUCAUACUCUUUGACCCUUGUUUGUCUGUACCUCUUUCCCUCCCUUUCUUCAAGAAGGAAGUUAAUCUUAGUGACUUCAGCCCAUGCAUUAAACAGGAAACAAUAAUAAAUGUGUAGAAUUCAUAUUUUUCUAAAGGGAACUUAAAACUGCUGCUACAAGUUGUGUACAAAACUGGUCUAUGCCACAUGAACAGAGAAUCACAAGUUUUGUUUUGGUACUUUUUAUUCCUCUUUUUACUUAGUUGUACAGUACUUCCAAAUUCAGAAUGAAAGUAAAGCUGUUCUGUAUUGAACCAUCUAAGCAAUAAAAUGUUAUAUUUAAAAAUCACAGGUUAACAGAUUCAUGAGACUCUUCUUGAAAGUUUGCCAUAAUUAGGCCAUCUUCUCUUUUAUUAAAGUUCUAAGCCUUAAUCUUCAGCAGAGAACUGAAAAUGGGCAUUGUGGAGAGACUGAGAUGUCUAUUACCCAUGAUUUCUCACCUGUAAGGUCCUGUUCUUAACUUGGAACACAGAAGUUGCUCCAUCCAAGUUAGUAGUGUCUUAAGUAAGAAUGUUUGGCUUUUGCACAUUGGAGAUGUGCUCCUAGAAGAGGAUUGAGCCCUUAAAACUUCUCUUUGGUAUUGUAUGUUGUUGUAAUAGUUGGAACAGAGAAAUGAAACCCUUAACCCUGGUGACAUGGGGAAUGAAAUUGGCCACAAUCUUUACCCCAAAAAAACUUAGAGGUAUCAAGAAAAUAACGUUGCAAUAAGAAAUAAUUCUGUGUCCCAGAAUGGAAGCUUUAUUCAAUAAUAGAAGCUUUUUAUGUAGUCACACAGGCCCCCUUAUUCAUUCCCAUCAAUUGUUUGUCCCAACAUCAAAGUUUGGUUGUUUAUCUUUUCAGAAAGGUCAAAGUCUCCCAGCUGAACUAAAUUAUUAAGGUUUUAUUUUACUCAACAGAAAAUAAAAAUCCUUAAACCUAAAUCCAUAGACUUAAUUCAAUGGUGGUGACUUCUCCUCUCCCUUCUUUCUCACAGACACAACCUGUACAAUCGAUUCAGAUUUCUAAUAGUACUUUCAGGAUGAGAUGCUACCAUCUCAAUAAUAACCUAGAUUCACUAUAGUUCACUUGCCUGGGUCUGCCUAUCAACCUCUUGUAAGAUGUAGCAAGGAAAAGUAUGGUCCAAAUGAUAUUGUGCUUAUCUCUUUGCUAAUCAAACUUGCAGGACAACGUCCAUGAUCUCUAGUCUUGUUCUAUAAGUGAUCAUCUGAACUUCUUAUCAUUCUCUAUUUUCCAAUCCUUUGUUGGUCCUUGAAUUAACCUCAUCCACCUGGUGCUACUCAUUCUGCUAGGUGGAACUGGUCUGAAUGAGAUCAUAAAAUGGCAAAUUGCACUACAAAUAAAUACAAUGUCUGAUCUCAUCUUGCCAAGAUGGUUUUACUUCUCCCUAAGGAAUUCUCUUUGUUUCACUCUACAGAGGCUACUCUUUACCUCUCAUACCUCAUACUUUAUUGAGAAAGGAAACGUUAACUAUAAAGUUAAUUUUUCUCCUUCCACUAUUUCCUCCUCUACAUUAGCGGACAACAACAAUGAAAUUAGUCCUUUUUGGCAAGACCAGCCCCUCUACAGGUAUCCUUCAUCCCAGUCUUUCCAGUACACUUCCCUACAGUCAUUUACCCUCUUCCAUCCUUCAGUGUCUUGUUCUUGAUUGCUUCAGGCUACAAACAUUGUCAAAAUCCUCCCCAUCCAUUUUCUGUGGGGUCUUGUUUUGUUCAUCUCAAAAUCCCAUCACAUCUCCCACCCUUCAUUUCUCUUAGUUCUUGAAGUUGAUUCUUUGAUCCCAUCCCCUCAUCCAGCAGACUGUAUGCUCAAUCAUCUCCUUAAUGAAACUUGAAUGCUUCCUAUUGACUAUUUUCCUCCCACAGACUGUAUCCUCAAUCAUCUCCUUAAUGAAACUUGAAUGCUUCCUAUCAACUAUUUUCCUACCACAAUCUUCAAACACACCCAAGUCUCCAUCCCUAUCAGCCCUUAAAACUACUAUUCAAUAUUUGUCCUUUAUCAAAAUCCUAAAACAAGCCAUACUUAACGGCUCCCACUUUGCUCCUUUGCUAUUUACUUUCAACCUCAUCAAUCAACUGAAACUGCUCUCCAAAGUUACCAGUGGUUUUUUAAUUGCCAAAUCUGAUGUGCUUUCUCACCAACUUCUAAUUAAUCUGAGUUUUCAUGAUUAUCCUAGUUUCCCUGUCCUAGGACAUUUCUUCCUUGUUAGCUUAUCUAUGUUAGACUCUCCAAGUGGACGUACCUCAGGAUUUUGCUUUAGGCCCUUUUCCCUGUGCUAUUUCAUUCUCGAUAACCCCAUCAAUUCUCAAAGUUUGUCAUCUCUACAUUUAAUUUGACUAACCAGAUUUAUGUGUCCAGUCCUAGCCUCCCCCUUGAGUUCUGUUUUGGAAACAUUUAGCAUUAUAUGUUUCUAGCCCAACCAAUCUGAAGUGCCUAACAAGCAUGCUAAAUAUUUCCAAAACAGAACUCGGUUUUCUUUUGCCCCUAAAUCCUUCCUUUGAAGACUCCUUUUUGUCAAAGGCACUGCUCUCCUUCUGGUCUCUCAGCAUUUCCCUAGAUUCCUCAAUCUCAUGUUGUAAUCUUGCUGUUUCUAAUUUAACCCUUCCCAUCCACACGCAGUUACAGCCUUUCCCUCAUUUGUAAAGCCCUACACAUCCUGAUCCUAAACCUAAUUUUCUAGAUUCAUUAGACUUGACUUCCCUUGCUCAGUGAUCACUCAAAUUGGUCUUCUCCCAGUUCCUCCAUUUCUUUUGUGGGUGAGAUGCAACCCUUCCCUAACUCUGAAUCCCUGCCUGCCUCUUAGAUGGCCUUAUGUUCUGAAACACCAAUCAAGUAUUGUUGACUAAACGAAUACUGAGUCCCCAGCUGCUAGCGCCUUCUUUCCCAAAUUCUGGGUUUAACAAUUUUGUAUCUUUUGUAUUAACUAAGCUGUAUCUUUUUAUGUCAGUGCCUUUGUCCCCCAUUAGAAUAUGUCUAAUAUAAAGAUCCCUUUAUUCCUUGUGCUUGAAUCCUCAGCUUUUGACACAUUGGUUGGCUUGCUUGGCUUAGACAACACUCAUCACCACCCUACUUUUCUUCUAGUCCUUGUCCAGUAUUUCUCCUUCCUUUCAGAGGCAGAUGCAGGUUAUCCAUGUUUCUUUCCUCUACUGCAGUCCUGUAUUCUUGCUUUUGGUCCCAUUAGGGUAUCACAACUAUUCCUUAAGAGUUACUAAAGAUCUUUUAUUUAAGACAUCUUUGCACAGCUCUGAUGCAUCCAGACCUAAGUGCUGGAGGCUGACCGCCGUCUCUUGACCUCAGAACAUCAUUCUCUCCGGUUCCCUUCUUGCCUAAUUACUCCUCCCUCUCCUCUCCUAGGUCAUCAGCCAUAUCCCAUGCACUGUACUUCACCAGCUGCAUCCCCAGUUGUGUUUUCCUCUUCAUCUCUGAAUCCUCCCCUUUUCUCCUCUCAAUCACUGCCCUGGUUUUGGCACCAAUUACCUGGCCCCUCUGAUCCAUCCUCACAGCCGAUAAAGGUAUUCCUAAAGUCGCCGUGUCUUUUCUUAAACUCCAGUGCCUUUAAAUCAAAUAUAAACCCUUUGUGUGAUUUUUCAAAUUCCUAGACCACUUUGUAACCUUUUGUUUCUCUCCUUGCACUCCCAAAUUAAUCCAGAGGACUAUCUCUUACACUUCUUUGUGCCUUUACACUUUCUAUCCCCAUACCCAAUAUGCAUUCUCCCUUCCCUUGGUCUCAGAAUAUUGUUUAAAAACUGCUUAAGUACCACCUUCAAUGUGAGGUCUUUCCCACCCUCAAAGACUACCUAGUAUUUAUAUUUUAUGUGUGAUUCAUAUGUACGUGCUGUCUCCCCAGACACAAAGUAAUCUUGAAGCCCAGGACACUCACUCAUGCCUUUGUAUCUCCGGUGCCUGACACAUAAUAGCCCUUAAUAAAUGCUUGUUGGUUGAUUGA